GUUGUUUCCUGAUCAGCCUUGCGUUCGCGUACCUACAAGAGAAGAAGCGCCGUCUCCUGGAUACCGAUAGAAGCGGCGUUGUUUUGAUUCCGUUAUGGAUCAUGAAGCUGGCACAAGAUCAUUGCUUGCAUUGCCAUUCAUCCAUUUUUGCUUGUAGACAAACAAGCCUGCAGACUCGCAUACAGUUCAGAGUCUUAGAGGAGUCCAACAUUGUGGAAUGUUGGAGGAAACUGGAGUGCCCGGGGAAAACAUGCAAAAUCCACACAAGCAGUAAUUAGGAAUGCGGCCAGUGCAGCAUCUUCACCAGAAACAUGUCCUGCAGACUGUGUGUGCACUGGAGGCCGUCGUCCUGCGCACCUUCGGCCCCGAGGGAGGGCAGGUGCUUUUCACACGAGACAACGGACAGGCGAUGUUGAGCCGUAGCGGAACGCGCAUUCUCACAGCGCUACGACUUGAGCACCCGCUCGCCAGGAUGCUGCUCGAGUGCGUCUGGAAGCAUAGCGGGAAAACGGGAGAUGGAUCCAAAUCAUUUAUCCUUCUCGUGGCGUCGUUGUUACGCACCAUUUACACCGCAGCCUCUAAGGAACCAAAUGUAUCUCGCGUAUACCACUCAAGGGAAGUGGCCGAGUCCGCCGCUGCCAGGCGCAUGGCUGACCAAAUGCUGGCUUUUGCAUCAGAGAAGCUGGAAGAUCUGAUUGCUCUUGCAGUGGCUCCUAUCGGAUUCAGUCUGUCAAGCGCGCAAUCGGCAUCAAACUCUGAUGUGGCUCAUGUCGAGACGUUGUUGGCGUCUUUCUUUCGGACCCGUUUGGGUUGCGCCCACUGUGACUUCAUGGGCGGGCUCAUUUUCAAACUGCUCGGUAAAUGCUCUCAAUCGGAUUCCUCUUCCUCGUCACUCCAAUUUCAAAACGACAAUUUCCCCGCACUGCAUACGCGGGUGUCUGGCUUUCCUGUUAGCUGUUCACGUUUGAUUGAGGGGCAAGUCAUCCACAGGGACUUUGCCACACACUGCCAUGGCGAUCAACAUCCAGUCAAGGCGGUAGUUUUUAACAUAGCCCUGAACCCCGAAUGGCUAAACGCAAGUCACAUGGUGGAGAUCGGAAGCGGAACGCAUGGCAAGAGCAUCAUGCACUUUAGCGCCUGGGCGGAAAGCUCCCUGGAGAACAUUUUUGCCAGCCUUCAAACUCUCGGCGUCUCCAUCCUGCUAUUUGCUGUCAAACAAUCCGAAGCCGUCCUGAGUCUAGCGACGCAGGCGGAGAUGUGCGUGGUGGAGUGCGUGGACGAAGAUGAACUCGCACUCUUCCUCCAUCUGAGCGGGGCCUCGGGCGUCACAGAUUAUCGGGAGAUCCGACCAGAACACGUUGCUUCUUUGGCAUUUUGUCGACCGAUACUUCUGGGAGCCAAUAGAUACGUUCACGUGGCUUUUCCCGAUUCCAAAGUCUCCCAACCAAGUAGUCUCAUCAUCUGCGGCUUGGGUGAAGGGCAAACGGAUCAAUAUGCAGGUGCCGCCCAGGAUGCCGUCCGCAUGCUACGUACAACAUGGGAGCCCCUGGGUGCAACGGGUAAAGAUCCAUCCUCUACUUUGCCGGGCUGCGUCUUACCUGCUGGCGGCACUUUUGAGUUUCUCUUACACUACGCUCUCCUGCAACACGGCAUUUUUGAAAACAUACCCGUUGCGUGCCAGCUCUUGGCAGAGGCGUUACUGCAUCUUCCGCGACUGAUUCACUCCAACAAGCCAAAACGUUUCUUACAAAUUCAAUCAAGAGUCUGGAGCUUUUAUCGGAAUCCUUUCCAACCUGGCGGAGUGUUAUGGCAGCCGGAGAUUAGCCUAGCAAAUCACGGUGAGAAAUGCUCUCAAGGAGACACCGCACCAAGUCUGAAUUGUUUAUCGGGGCUUGAGUCUGUUUCAUGUAAAUUCCAUCUCAUUCUGGCUGUGCUACAAUGUGUCAAAAGCCUCCUACGAGUGGACACUGUGCUGCAUGUCGCCAACGAAUUGCACCCAAAAUCAGCCAAAUCCAAUAAUUCCUCAGAUGAUGAAGACUAAGUUUUUAUCCUUAAUUUGUGUGAGUUGCUGCCACUUUAUCGUGUUUACCAUUUUGCCUCUGUUUCUUAAAUUCAUUUGUUAUCAUUUUACAAGGUGUAUGUAUAUAAGAGGCAAGACGUACCAACCUUUGUGUUUAUUUUGGCCACUCACCAUGACUCCUCUAUCUUAUCUCUUUUUUACUUGCACUCUUCCCCCAACCACCGCAAAAGCAAAUAAGAGAACAACACUCACUCGUAAAUUUAAACACAUUCCUUUGCCCAAUCAGUGUUGUCUUUAGCGGCGGUCUCAGGGUGGAGGGCUGGCUUGUCAACAACCAAAUCAGUCAAACCAACUGUGUACUUCCCUGUUUUCUAAUCAGACCCGCACCAGGUCUUAGUUCCUAUGAAGUGGAGUUCUGAGGUGGGUUUUGUUUUUUUAAAGUUGAUUCCAAGAAAAGCACAAAAACAAGGCUUCUUUGAAAUUGAAUGACAACUCGUAUAUCGGAAAAGUUGGUGCGAGUUAGAAUAAAAGCGUGAUCCAGUCAAUAUUUAA